AUGCUACAUAUCUUUCUGGCGUUCCUCGCUCUCGCCGUGCUGGCUCGCACCGCCCACGCGGAGCACACAAAAUGCUCCUGGUCUGGUCCAGGCAAGAACCCAGAAUCAGGAGGCUACCUCUCGUACUGCGAUGGCUACAUCUGGGACGGCGUUUCCACUUACGAGCAAGCGCAUUACGUAUGCGACAUCAAUGAAGACAAGAGCGCGCAGGUGGCCACCUACGGUGUCCUCAGAAGCGGGUGUCUGAGCUUUGCGACCCCCUGUGGCGAUGGAGGCUUCACGUACAUCUGCGAGUCAGCGCAUUGGGGCUUCUGUCUCGACGAAAGGGACAAGGAUACGGGCGAAUAUCCGGCAGGAUGCUACUACAUGGCCUCUGGCGACGAUUGUGAGCUCCGCGAUCUCAUCGACGAGGGUGACAAGCCGGAGAGCGUGUCCGUGUGGCGUGAGCCUACGCCCGAGGAGGCGAAGAAGGCGGGGCGUGCUCCCGGUGUGAAGUAG